UGACCGAGAGACGACGACAAUACCAAAGCCUUCUCUCUCUCUCUUUCUCUCUCUAUAAUUCUGUCUCUCUGUCGUCUCUUCUUCUUCUUGAAAUGCAGUAACUGAUUGAGAAAAUCCACACUUUCAUAUCUAUAUACAUAAACAUAUAUAUAGAGAGAGAGAGAAAGACACUGUGUCGGUGUGUGAAGAUAGAGAGAGAGAAACCACAGUUUCAUAAAUAUAUAUACAUAUACAUAUAGAGAGAGAAAGAGAACUGGGCUUGAAGAGAGAGACAGAGAGAGGCCAUGCAGCAGCAGUUGAAAAACACAACACAUAAAUAGAAUAGCUUAGCCUUAGAUUAGCUGCUUAUAGCCUUUGUCUUUUCCUUUUUUAACGCUCCAAAAUCCGAAUAAGAAGAAGGUUCCGUCGUUUACUCCCAUAAUUCUUUUCCUCUUCCCUUUUCACUAUCCGGACCCAACAAUGGCGGGUAAUGGCGCCGGGUUCGAGGACGACCCGAUGGCUCCCGGGUGCUACUCGCAGCUUCUUUUCAGCGAUGACAUUUCGGGUCUUGAUGACCCGGAUGGGUGUUUCGGUUUCACCUCCUCAUUUCCCUCUGACGAUAGUAAUAGUAAUAAUAGCAACAUCCACACUCCGAAAAUGCUGUGUUUUGGUGAUUAUGCUAAGCAAAGUAAUGCCAAGGUGGUGGGGGAAAAUGCCAGGAAAACGGGUCAGAGAUCCGGACCCGCUUCAUGCUCGGAUCCUUCCUCAGUUUCUUCAACCAACACCACCAAGAUUAGGAACUCUCUGCAUAACUCCACUAGAAAGAGAAACGGGUCGGGUAUUCAGAACCCGGAUGGCUGUGCGGGAGCUCCGGCGGGAAGCCAGAGGAACAGUAAAAAGUCAAAGUCAAAUAGUUUUACCGUGGGCGGCCAUGCAAAGGUUGUGAAGAAAGAGAAGCUCGGGGAAAGAAUCACAGCGUUGCAGCAGCUUGUUUCCCCCUUUGGCAAGACGGAUACGGCAUCUGUGCUUCACGAAGCAUUAGGGUAUAUCAGAUUUUUGCAUGAUCAGGUGCAGGUCUUGUGUUCUCCUUACUUGCAACGUUCGACGUCUUCCUCUGAGGCCCUCCAGGGGCCGGACGACGGAGAGAGCAAGGAGGGCGAGCAGAAAAGAGACGACCUGAGGAGCCGAGGAUUGUGCCUGGUUCCCGUGGAGCUCACCCUACAUGUGGCAGACUCUAACGGUGCUGAUUUGUGGUCGUCGGCUGCCAUGGUCGACAGUGUUUCCUUAAACUGAUCGGCCCAUCUCUUCUAGUUCUUAAAAUUUACUCCAAUUUUGCAGUGUGCUGAAAGAAAGUUGCAGGGGCUGUAAUGUUGAAAAGAAAAGAAAAAAAAAAAUAGUGGUAAAUAUUAGAUGUAAGUAGGAGAAAAAAGGAGUUAGUUGUUUAGUGUUUUUGGUAUUUUGGCCCCAUUUAAA